GCGCGCUAGUUCCCAGCCAAUCAAAUUCAGGGAAGAGGCGUUUGGCAGAAGCGAGUUCUCGGACUGCGUUUUCAUUUGAGCGAAGUUUUGGAGCUCUGAGAAUUUACGUAGCUGACAGGCCCUCCUCUGUCAGCACCCACUUUUUCUCUCUGCAGCUGCGGUGUUCCCGGUGACAAAGCUCAUGACGGUUGCUGACGGUGGCACCUUAUCGCUCGUCAUGCCUGUCCGAGCAGAGUACCGCGGCACCACCCGAUCGGCCUGCCUAUCCUCGGCCUCUCUCGUCCCCCCUGCCCCGAUCAACACCCACCAGCCGGGGGUGGCCACCUCGCUUCUGUACAGCGGCGCACAGUUUCGUGGAUACCAGAAGAGUAAAGGCAACUCGUAUCACGUUGAGGUGGUCUUACAGCAUGUGACUGUAGAGGACUCGUAUUUGUGUGGCUACCUGAAAAUCAAUGGCCUGACUGAGGAGUAUCCGACUCUAACAACGUUCUUCGCUGGAGAAAUGAUCAGCCGGAAAAGGCCAUUUUUAACUAGAAAGUGGGAUGCGGAUGAGGAUGUGGAUAAAAAACACUGGAGCAAGUUCAAGGCUUUUUGCAAAUAUGCCAGGAACUUCAACUCUGAUGACUUUGACUAUGAUGCACUGGAAAACAGUGACUAUAUCUUCAUGAGGUGGAAGGAGCAGUUUCUUGUUCCAGACCACACGAUCAAAGACAUCAGUGGUGCCUCCUUUGCAGGUUUCUACUACAUUUGCUACCAAAAGUCCACAGCCACUAUUGAGGGUUACUAUUAUCAUCGGAGCUCAGAGUGGUACCAGUCUUUAAGCCUGAACCAUAUUCGAGAGCACAGUAUGCCUAUUUACGAAUUUCGGUGACAUGGCUGCGCAGGGAUGCAGAGUGACAUAAAAGAGGGUUCAUGCUGCCCUGUGCUUAAACCGGAUGGAGAAUCCUUGAAUGCUAAGAAUGGAGGUGACCCGUUUUCCUCACUGGCGUGGAAAAUAACAGCUGGUCAGACACUCUUCUGCUGGACUGAUAGAAAGAAGGCACAGAUGAAGAACCGCAAGGAAGAUCUGUGAGACGUCGAAUUUUCUCACAGUUGCUGCGGCAGAUUGAAAUACAGAAAUUUUUUUUUUUUUUUUUUUUUUUUUUUGCACUUGUAAAAAUUUUUCCUCUAAUUCAAAACAGAUUUCCUCCAUUUGCUUCUGUUAAGACAAAGUGUUGCUUUUAAGAGUUGGGAGGGGGGGGGGGAAAGAGUAAAGCUUAAUAUAUUUAUCUUUGAAAGAUACAAAAUCUUUGAGGACCUGUGAUGAUUAUUGAGUUAGACACGCCACAAGCAGAGAUGCAUGAGAGCUUUUAUGCAGGCUCUGUAUGAUCAGGGAUGGUAUGCUGCUGUAAUGUUCAGGCAAUAUGUAUUUAGUAAUCCUAACUGAUACGGAUGAGCUGGAAAUGAGUGAAAAGCUUGUUUGUAAAGAGAAUCCUCUCAACUUUAACGUGUUUAUCUAUGCAAGCCAAAGAUUAAUAAUGAAUGAAUAAUGUUUCUUACACCACUUAAUUUUUGUUUUUAUUUUAAUUUUCAGAUCACUUCUGUUUAAGGGCGAUUUAUUUAUUUUAAAUCAGGAGUAAAACGUAAAGGGGGGGGUAAUUAUACUAACCAUCAACCUGAAGCACAGCAACUGUAACCAGUGACUCAUAAUCUAUUUGAGAUUGAAGUUUUUUUUGGUUUUUUGUGCCAAGUAAAAUAUUUCUGGGAAGAGUUUGGAAAGCUUCAGAUUUAACACGGGAAAAUGAACACAGAGCUCUGACUGUGCAAUGUAAGAAAUUGGAGAAUCAAGUAAUGUGUUGCUGUAAUGUUUAAAGCACCUGUGUGUGGUUGUGAAAGCGUGAUGGAGAAAGAAUAAAACCUCCUUUGAUGCUUUAGGAAAAACCUGCUGCCUUACAAUUUUAAGUGUAAAGCUCCUUCUGUUGUUUUUAAGAUGGGUGACUAGUUUAAUGUUGUUUUAUUUGAAAGAAAUCAUGAAUAUUUAAUAAGAUGAGAGAAAUUGUGUGUUAUCUGGCUAAGCUAAAGCUCAAACCUCGGGUAUAAGUUGAUAUGAUGUGCGAAUGCUAUUCACACUACAGUCUUUUAACUCAAGCGAGUAGAUCGCAGAUAUUACAAUCCUAAUGACUCUUGUUGUUACAUGUUACAAGAAACUGUAAAAUGUGCAAUGUAAAAGAAGUGUUUAUUUUGGAGUCUGUAACUAAGACAUGACAGAAAAAUCCUGCUUUAUGAAAGAUGGUGUAUUAUAACUCUGCUGUGAGAAGAAAUAAAUAUAACUUUGAUACA